AUGGCCAAGCGCCGUUGCACGCGACGUCGCUUCUGGGCCGUGCGCCUUCACAGCAGCCGCCCAGCUCACAUCGUUGAGGUCCCUGCCGGGCAGUUCCUUCAACUCUCCAGGGCUUGCGUCAGUGAGGGGACAAAGGCCAGACUGCAGGCCGAGCCGGCAGCCGAAGUGCCCCGCCGAGAACUUCACAGCCCACGACAUGGCAGCGGCGCCUUCAACUUUGCCUUCCUAAUCGAGGAAGGCGGCCGGAACCUGUCCUUGCGCUUGCCACGGGGCUAUGCCUGGCAGCUGAAACUCAUCAACAAAGGACCUGUGCUGACCAGCUCUGCGGUGGACGUUCUGGGCUACGUCACGCCGAGCAGAGGAGCGAGGAGGACAAUCCAGGACUCGCCGAGGCGGCACAGCUCGCUCCGGCAGGUGCGCCUGCCUGCAGGCUGGACAGCGCUGUCCUUUAAGUCCACCAGCGAUGGCCAGCAGGCCAGUGAGAGCCGGCUGGUCAGAGCGAGACCUGAAGCUGCCGACAGGUGGCCGUUGGUGACGAAAUCGACCGUCGACGUGAACGGCUUUUCCUUGGCAAGCUUGGCCAAGUGCAUUAUGUCUCCGGGCUGUCAAUUCAACACCUGCAGCGAGCAUGUGCCCGGCAGCGUCGGCAAACUGCAAUCGCCUCCCUGCAUCUCCUGUGACUUCAUUCGGCGCCGGCGCGAGUUUGGCUUGGACUUGGCCUUGCAGAUGUGGCUUCGUGUGGUAAAGCUCCGUGGCUGCAGCGUGGGAUGCAGUAAACUGGGAUCCAGUGCACCGUGCCCCUGUGAGAGAUGGUCUUCAUGUCGUGCUUGGUCGCAUUGUGGUGUGCUCACCUGCGCAUUUUCGCUGCUAAGCCGAACGUUCGGCAGUGUGUUGGGCUUUUGGCCAUUCCAGGCCUGA